AUGACGGACCCCGAAUACCCAUGCUGGAACGACAGCCAUAAUGCUCUCAACAGCUCCUGGAAUUCUGAAGUGGGUUAUUAUGAGAUUAACAAUGCAGCCGAAACUAUUGUCCUGCCUUGCCUCAUUGGCAUUAUCUGUUCAACUGGCCUGGUUGGAAAUGUCCUUAUAUUAGUCACUAUCAUAAGGUCAGUGAAGAAGACCAUUCCAGAUGUGUACAUCUGUAACUUGGCUCUGGCGGAUCUUGUUCAUGUUAUUGGAAUGCCGUUUCUGAUACACCAGUGGGCACGGGGAGGGGAGUGGGUUUUUGGUAGCCCACUUUGCACCAUUAUUACAUCGCUGGACACCUGCAACCAGUUUGCAUGUAGUGCAAUUGUGACCACUAUGAGUUUAGACAGGUACCUUGCCCUUGUGCAUCCUUUUCGCCUGACCAGCCUAAGGACCCGGUCGAAGACUAUUCAAGUGAACCUGUGCCUGUGGGUAGCUUCAUGUAUCCUGGUCAUACCUGUGUGGGUUUACUCCAAGGUUAUUAAGUUCAAAGAUGGUUUAGAAAGUUGUGCUUUUGAUUUAGCCUCACCGCAAGAUGUGCUCUGGUAUACUCUGUAUCAAUCCAUUACAUCUUUCUUCCUUCCACUGCCGUUGAUUUUGCUGUGCUACAUUUUGAUUCUUUGCUAUACCUGGAAGAUCUAUAAACAGAACAAGAAAGCUCAAAGAUACAGCACCACCAUUCCGAGAGACAGAGUCAUGCGACUGACUAAAAUGGUCCUGGUGCUGGUUGGAGUGUUUCUCUUGAGUGCUGCGCCCUAUCAUGUGAUUCAGCUGGUGAACCUCCAGGUGAUCAAGCCAAACCUGACCUACUAUGUCUGCUACUACAUCUCCAUCUGCCUCAGCUACACCAGCAGCAGCAUUAACCCCUUCCUGUACAUACUUCUGAGCGGAAACUUCCGCCAGAGGCUCCCUGGGUGCACAAGCAUUAGGAUGAGGAGGACUGAUAGGGAAGUCAGGAAGUUAGGGCAGCAGGCCCAACCCCCUGCUCCGGUCCUGGCUCCACCGCUAUCAUCUAUCCCGGAACUGACUCCAUCCUUAACGGUGGUCACCUGGAACGUUUCAGAGCCAGACUUGGCUAUGGCUGAGGAAGACCAGGACGCAACCUCAAUCGCGACCUCCUGGGAAGUUAGGUUCUUCCCUCAGGAUGAGGAGGAAGGAGAUUUCCAGGAGCUAACCUUCGGGACGGGUCCCAGCUCCGAGGCAAUUUCAGAUGCUGGGCUUUCCCCUCUUCCAAGCUUGAUCCCUGUGCUUAUGGAGCAAUCCCCCAAGUUCCUCCGGGUUCCUUGGACGGCAGCGCACGAACCGUGCAAAGGCGCGGGAGCGCUGGGCUUGGCGGAAUUCCCACCAGUGGACUCGACCAUCGCAGCACUGAUGCAAGCCCCUGCAGCAGGGGGUUUACCUAAGGACCCUGCAUGCCUUAACCAUUUGCGGUCCAGUGUCGGACCAGGUCAAUGCAGGGUAACAGAGGCCCAUUUAAAAAAGGACUAUGCUGUGGAAGCGCAAGUCACUUGCCUGGCUAACAAAGCAGGCCUCCUUACGGCUUAUCUGAAUAGUAUACUGCAGUCGGCACCCCUCCUUGAACUGGUGGCUUCAGAGCUGCACCUGGUAUCAGGCACGCUGCUCCAGAUUUCUGGCUUCCAAGGGCAGGCCCUGAGCUGGAGCCUGGCAAGCCAAGUAGUAGCUCGCAGGCAGCUUUGGCUGUCCCAAGCAAGGGUCCCUUAUGAGGGAAAAUUGGCCUUGCUGGAUGCUCCGAUAUCUCCCGGCCAUACCUUCGGGUCAUUAGUGGAGUAG